AUGGGAAAUGGUCUAACAGACAAGAACCUGAAGAACCAGAUAAUGACUACGAACCUUUGGGUUGAACAGUAUUGGUACGAUUACAAACUCAACUGGGACCCCAAGGAAUAUGGAGGAGUCGAGAUGCUGCACGUUCCUUCUGACCACAUCUGGAGACCGGACAUUGUACUUUAUAACAAUGCUGACGGCAACUUCGAGGUGACUCUCUCCACCAAGGCGACGCUCAGUUACAACGGCUUGGUGGAGUGGAAGCCGCCAGCCAUUUACAAGUCUUCGUGUGAGAUUGACGUCGAGUAUUUUCCCUUCGACGAGCAGACGUGCGUUAUGAAGUUUGGAUCUUGGACGUACGACGGGUUUCAGGUGGAUCUCCGGCACGUGGACGAGGUUCAGGGGACGAACGUGGUGACGCUGGGUGUGGACCUCUCCGAAUUCUACAUGUCAGUGGAGUGGGACAUUCUGGAGGUUCCUGCGGUGAGGCACGAGAAGUUCUACACCUGCUGCGACGAGCCCUACCUGGACAUCACUUUCAACAUCACGAUGCGGAGGAAGACUCUCUUUUACACCGUCAACCUCAUCAUCCCCUGCAUGGGAAUCUCCUUCCUUACUGUGCUAACGUUUUACCUCCCCUCAGACUCCGGAGAGAAGGUGACUCUCAGCAUCUCCAUCCUCAUUUCCCUCCACGUGUUCUUCCUGCUGGUGGUGGAGAUUAUUCCUCCAACGUCGCUGGUGGUGCCGUUGCUGGGGAAGUAUCUCAUAUUUGCCAUGAUAUUAGUUUCAAUAAGUAUAUGCGUGACGGUGUUGGUCCUGAACGUCCACUUUCGUUCGCCUCAGACCCACAAGAUGGCGCCCUGGGUGAGAAGGGUCUUUAUCCACAUUCUGCCCAGACUGCUCAUCAUGAAACGACCACAGUACCAGCAGAAUAAGCACAGGAUGACCGAUGGGCCUUACUCCACCACCUGUCGCAUCCACGGCUCCACCAACAUCCACGACGACGGGUACGCCCUCGAAAACUCGGAUAAGAGCCCCACUUUUCGGCCCUUCCAGCAUAACCUGCCCCACUGCUCGCCCGAGGUUCACCGCACGUGUUGGUGUGUCAACUUUAUCGCGGAGCAUACAAGACUCAAGGAAGAUUCGACUAAGGUGAAGGAAGACUGGAAGUACGUUGCUAUGGUACUGGACCGGCUUUUCCUGUGGAUCUUCACCCUGGCAGUGCUGGUGGGCACGGCUGGCAUCAUCCUGCAGGCACCCUCGCUGUACGACGACCGCGUUCCCCUGGACAAGAAGCUCAGCGAGGUGUUCCGAGCUCAUCCUUCCAAACCCCCCUAUCUCUCCGUCUGA